AUGCACGUGGAAUGCUGUGGCGGGCAUUUCUGGCUGUACAUAGUCCUAAUUCUUGGCCUCGUCACGUUCUCUGGACUCAUGUCUGGUCUGACGCUAGGCCUCAUGUCGCUCGGCCUGGUAGACCUAGAGGUCCUGCAGCAAAGCGGGUCGGAAUUGGACAAGAAGCACGCAGCUAGAAUACUCCCGGUGAUGAAGAAGCCACAUCUGCUGCUGUGCACUCUCCUCAUCGGGAAUGCUCUUGCCAUGGAGGCCCUUCCAAUAUUCUUGGACGCGCUCGUGCCUUCAUGGGCCGCCAUUCUUCUCUCGGUCACUCUCAUCCUGCUCUUUGGCGAGAUUAUUCCUCAAGCCGUGUGCUCGCGCUAUGGGCUGGCAAUAGGAGCUACUCUGGCCCCUCUUGUCAAGAUUCUCGUGCUGCUCUUCUACCCCAUCGCCCUCCCCAUCAGCAAGCUACUGGACCUCGUGCUGGGAGCGAGCAACGAGCCGCUGUACCGCCGCGCAGAGCUCAAGGCCUUUGUCAACAUGCACGCAAAGAUGGAGGGCAGGGGCGGUGACUUGACAGUGGACGAGACUACGAUCAUUAGUGGUGCGCUGGAGCUCGCAGGGAAGACGGUGGCCGACGCCAUGACGCCCAUCCACCACGCCUUCUCGCUCAGCGUCGACACCAAGCUCGACCUGGAGACGAUGCAGCAGCUGAUGAAGAGAGGCCACAGCCGGGUGCCCGUGUACCACGGCUCUCCUAACAACAUAAUCGGAUUGCUGCUCGUGAAGAAUCUCAUAUCGCUCCACCCAGAGGACGCCACUCCGAUUCGCAAAGUCCCGAUUCGCCGAAUUCCAAGAGUGCAAGCCUCCCUGCCCCUAUACGACAUGCUCAACGAGUUCCAGCGAGGCCACUCGCACAUGGCCGCUGUCGUUGCUCCCGCUCGCACUCACUCCCAUGCCAACCCCUCCGCUGCUGCUACCACAACAACAGUCGCUACCACCACCUCUGGCACCAUCGCCACCAUCACUGCGAGUGGCAGUACCCGCGCCACUUCAACGACUGUUACGGUCCCUCUUGGUGGUGUUACCAGCACUACUGCUACGACCGUCAGCGCUGGGAGUCCCAUCACUAGUGCCAGCAGCACCUGUGUGACCAACACGCCCGACUUCUCCCCCUUCGCCUCCCCUCCUUCCGCCUUCCUUCUCUCCCGUUUUGCGGCAACUAAUACUGCUAGUGCUUCCGCCAGUGCUGCUGCUGCUACCGCUGCUGCUGCUGCGGCUGCUGCUGCUGCUGCCCCCAGGGGUGGCAUAUCACGUUCACAUCACGAGGCAACCAACCUUCUGAGUGUUACUGGAAAGGGCGUUGACGAGGGUGCCACUGCCAAUGACAGCUGCUGUACCACAAACGAGCCAACCAGGAGGCAAUCUCUCGAGCCGUUGCUCUGCACCGGAAUGCCAUGGGAUCCAGUUUCGGCUGCACCGUCCCAACCAGCAGUAGCACUAGCCCCAGGGAUUUCCACCAGUGACUUAGCAGUUCCGAGGGGCCAUGCAGAAGGGCUAUCAGGGCCCACGAUCCGUGCGCAACAGUUGACUGCUGCCUCUGUUUCCGCUGCCCUUACAGCCAGGCAGCAGAGGGAUGGCAAAAGGUUGCUGCUCGAUGUGCAUCAAAGGCAGGGCAGUCGUCCGAUGGCUGGUUCGGGAGGGAGGAAAGGUGUGUUCCGCAGUAGUGUUGCGGCUGCCGACAUGGCAGUUGAUGUUUCUCAGCUCGAAGCAGCUGCUGGUGUGGGGAGGAAGCGGCGGAGGAGGAAAGAUGGUGGAGAGGGGAAUGGAGCUGGUAACGCUGUUACGGGGAGUGACGGCAAUGGGUUGGGGUUUAGGGGCGAAGAGGCUGAGGAAGUGCGAGCAGGGGUAGGGGAGGAGAGGAGUCUUAUAGGUGGUGGGGAGGGACCCGUUGGGCAGACAGUAGAUGUGGAGGCUGAGGGGAGGGGGGAGGAGGCUAGGCGUGCACAGCCAGGAGGUUGGCAAGAGGAGGAGGAGGAGGAGGAAGAAGGGGAAGAGGAGGAGGGAGAGGAGGUGGUGGUGGGGAUAAUAACGAUGGAGGAUGUAAUAGAGGAGUUGUUGCAGGAGGAGAUAUUGGACGAGACAGACGUGAACCUGCUCAUGCACCGAUGCGUUAAAGUGCCCUCCUCCACGGGUCACACUCCUGGAGACACGUCUGCACGCACGUCUGAUCACGCUCCUGGAUACGCUGCUGAGUGCAGUAGCGGACAUGUAACGGAGAGAACUGGUGUCCUUGGGGAUGGGCGGAGUGAGAGCCUUAACGGGCGGCGGCGGUACGUGGUGACGAAUAUACGGCGGGACAAGCUGAGCAAGGGCAGCGAGGGCGUGCCGGCGUGGAACGAGGGGUGGAACCGCGACGAGCAGCAGCAGGGCUCCAAGCACGCGCCGCCCAUCAGUCCGCGCGUGGCUCUCCGCUCCCUCAUCACUACCGUCAAACACGCCGCCGUCGCCACUGCCGCCAUCACCACAAUCACCACCAGCGCCAGCGCCAGCGUGAGCGCCAGCGCGAGCGGCGCCAUCAGCGCGAGCUCUAGUGGCGCGGGCUCCCCCGCCAGUGCUGCGGCCGCGGGCUCCGCCGCCGCCGCUGCUGCUGCUUCCGCUAGCGGCGCAGGGGGGACGGGGUCGGGGGCGGGGGCGGGGGAGCAUCAGCAGCGCGGGUACAAGUACUCCGCGUCGUUUUCGCGCUACUCUGAGGAGCGCAAGGCGCCGCCGCCGCGCUCGCUCUCCGCCUCCUCCUCCGCCUCCUCCGCAUCCGCGCCUGUUGCCACGAGCGCCGCGGAAGCGCGGGCGGCGGAGAUGGGGAGGGCGGGGGCGGCGGAGCACGGGCGGGAGAGGCAGCGCGGAGGCGGCGCAGCGGGACGAGCAGUGGCGGGUAGCGCGUUUUCGAUGGAGGAGAUGGAGCGAGAGUUUGAGGAGAUCGAUGAGUUCGAAGCACAGCUCAGUGCCAUCACUUCGGUGACCCGUCCACGUGUCACGGACACUCCGUCUCUCCCCUCCUCUGCUGCACCAACCAUCAACCCCAACCACACCCCGCCUAGCACUAACAUACCCCCACCCACCCAUACAACCACCGUGCUUGAUCCUCAACUCAUAUCACCGCCUCCCUCUCAGCCUCCUGUUCCUCUCGCCACACCCUCUCACCGCCCCUCCAUCCCUCCUCUCCUCUCCCAUCCGCCCUCGCCCCCUUCUCCCCCUCUGUCCGCGCCCCCACCUCUUUCUUCCGCUGCCCUCGCGCUGGUCCCUUCUGCUCCGUCCGCUGGCACCACUUGUGCCCCCCCCGCUUCCACUGCACCCCCUGCUGCGCUCCCCUCCCCCGAGCCCCCUUUUGCGCGCCCCUUCCCUGAGCCCCCUGUGCUCCCUUCCUCCGAACCCCCUGCUGCGCGCCCCUCUUCCGAGCCCCCUGCUGCGCGCCCCUCCCUCGAACCCUCUGCUGCGCGCCCCUCCCACGAACCCUCUACGGCGCAGCCUCCCCUUGAGCCCUCUGCUGCGUACGCCCCCCUGGAACGCAUGGGUGCAGGCCGAAGGGGCACAGCCAGGGGGAGGUGCAUGGGGAUGACUCGCAGGGACAGGGUCAGGGACAGGAUGAGAAGAAGGGCCUGUGGAGAUUGGAUGUGUGGCGCAAGCUCCUCUCGCCUACCACCCCCACCUGACAGCACGCCAGCUAGCACUGCGCUAGCAUCAUUGCGGCUCCUGCUGUACGCUGUUGAAACGGCAUGA